AUGCUGAGCUAUCAGACCAGCUGUGUUGGCGGCUCUCGCGAGGAACCUCAGUUUGUGACGGCACGUGCUGGGGAGAGUGUAAUCUUGGGGUGCGAUGUGAUACACCCCCUCACCGGACAGCCUCCUCCAUAUGUAGUUGAGUGGUUUAAGUUUGGAGUUCCCAUUCCCAUUUUCAUCAAAUUUGGGUUCUAUCCUCCUCAUGUGGACCCAGAAUAUGCAGGCCGUGCUAUUCUUCAUGACAAAGCAUCUCUACGCAUUGAGCAAGUACGUUCACAAGAUCAGGGCUGGUAUGAGUGCAAGGUACUAAUGCUGGAGCAGCAAUACGACACCUUUCAUAAUGGCAGCUGGGUGCACCUCACUAUAAAUGCACCCCCCACAUUCACAGAAACACCACCUCAGUACCUGGAAGUUAAAGAAGGGAGCAGUACCACCCUCACUUGCACUGCUUUUGGAAACCCCAAACCUACUGUCACGUGGCUGCGGGAGGGUCAGUUCCUUGUUGGAAACGCCAAAUAUCAGGUGAAUGACGGCAGUCUAACCAUUUCUUCCAUCGGACGUGAAGACAGAGGAGCGUACACCUGCCGAGCUUCCAGUAUACAGGGAGAAGCCGUACACAGCACACGACUCCUUGUACAAGGGUCACCUUUCAUUGUUUCCCCCCCUGAGAACAUCACGGUUAACAUUUCCCAAGAUGCUCUGUUCACAUGCCAGGCCGAGGCGUAUCCAGGGAACCUCACCUACACCUGGUACUGGCAAGAGGAGAACGUCUUCUUUAAGAACGACCUGAAGAUGAGAGUGCGCAUUCUGAUAGACGGCACGCUCAUCAUAUUCAGAGUCAAACCAGAGGAUGCUGGGAAAUACACCUGUGUGCCUAGCAACAGCCUGGGACGCUCGCCAUCUGCCUCAGCGUAUCUGACUGUACAGUAUCCUGCACGAGUAGUGAACAUGCCACCUGUUAUUUAUGUCCCGGUUGGAAUUCAUGGUCACAUUCGUUGUCCUGUGGAGGCUGUGCCACCUGUCACUUUUGUAAAAUGGAAUAAAGACGGUCGACCAUUAAGGAUUGAAAAGUUUUCAGGCUGGAAGCUUCUGGAAGAUGGAUCUCUUCAUAUUGAGGAAGCUACGGAGGAGCUACUGGGCACAUACACCUGUGUGCCUUAUAAUGCAUUGGGGACCAUGGGGCAGUCUCCUCCUGCAAGGCUGCUGCUGAAGGACCCGCCCUAUUUCACGGUGCUGCCCGGCUGGGAGUAUAGACAAGAGGCCGGAAGGGAGCUGCUGAUGCCUUGUGCAGCUGCAGGGGAUCCUUUCCCCUCCAUCUCUUGGAGAAAGGUUGGGAGACCCUCUUCCAGUAAGCACAAUGUGCUGCCCAGCGGCUCCCUGCAAUUUCGCUCACUCAGUAAGGAAGAUCACGGAGAAUGGGAAUGCGUGGCUAGCAAUGUUGUGACAAGUAUCACUGCCAGUGCUCACCUCACUGUUAUUGGCACCAGCCCCCAUGCCCCCUCUAACAUUAAAGUCCUGGUAUCCAUGAAUACAGCAAAUGUGUCCUGGGAACCAGGGUACGAUGGAGGAUUCGAGCAGACAUUCUCAGUUUGGAUAAAACGAGCUCAGUUUGGUCCCCAUGACUGGGUUUCCAUGCCUGUUCCUAUUGGCUCAUAUUUUCUCCUGGUGGACUCUUUGGACCCAGAAACAGAAUACCAGUUCAGCGUUCUUGCACAGAAUAAAUUGGGGACCAGUUCCUUCAGUGAGGUGGUUACGGUAAAGACCCUUGCCUCUCCUCUCACAACACCUGAGCCUCUUCUGGUUCUGACCUCACCCCGCUGUCUGAUAGCCAAUCGAACACAACAAGGAGUGCUCCUUUCCUGGCUCCCUCCAUCAAAUCACAGCUUCCCUCUAGAUCGUUACAUCAUGGAGUUCCGCUUGGCAGAGAGGUGGGAGAUUCUGGACGACUCAAUAUCAGGAAGUGAAACAGAGAUCCUAGCAAAGGAGCUUUCCCAGGACACAUGGUAUGAAUUCCGGGUUCUGGCCGUCAUGCAGGAUCUCAUCAGUGAGCCCAGUAACAUUGCUGGAGUGUCCAGCACAGAUGCCUUCCCCUCCCCGGACCUAAGCGAUGAAGGCUUUGCUCGGCCAGUGCUUGCUGGUAUUGUUGCUACUAUCUGCUUUUUGGCUGCUGCUGUCCUGUUCAGUACAUUGGCAGCUUGUGUGGUGAACAGGCAACGAAAACGCAAGCUUAAGAAAAAGAAAGAUCCACCCCUAUCCAUUACGCAUUGUCGGAAGAGCAUGGAAUCUCCGUUGUCCUCUGGCAAGGUGAGCCCAGAGAGUGUCCGGACAUUGCGAGCUCCAUCUGAAUCAUCUGAGGAUCAGGGACUCCCAUCAAAGCGUCCACUAAGCCCCGGUCGGGAAAAAGAGCUCUCUUUAUAUAAAAAGACAAAGCGUGCCAUGACAAGCAAGAAAUAUAGUGUCAGCCAAGCUGAGGCUGAGGUCACUACCCCAAUUGAACUGAUAAGCAGAGGCCCUGAUGGGCGUUUUGUGACUGGAGGACCAGACCAAGAACCCACUCUCAGGAGCAGAAGAAUUCAGGGCUUCCCAUUUGCUGAGGAAACUGAUAUGUAUCCAGAGUUCCGACAGUCAGAUGAAGAGAAUGAUGAACCAUCUGGCCUGAAAUCUCAGCUCACUCCAUUGUCAUCAAGCCAAGACUCACCCCUUCAGCCUCCUGCUUACAGUCCUCGUUUCCAACAUCAGCCCCCAGAGGGAAGGCAGCAACCAUCUGGCCAGUCUCGUCCUGGAGGAUAUCAUCAUGGUCAUUUGUAUGGCUACCUUAGUAGCAGCCCCCGGGAUUCUGACCCUCCCCCACCCUUCUACAUGCCAGAAGUAAGCCCCCUAAGCUCUGUCAUGUCUUCUCCUCCAUUGCUUCCAGAAGGUUCUUUCCCUCCUAUCCCUGAAGAGAAUGGAGAGAACAGCUCUUGUAGCACCCUUCCUUUAACCCAUACACCAACAGGUGGCCGAUCUCCAGAACAGUGGGGUGGACAUGAGUUUCCAUUUGGUGGUUUGGAGGCUCCCCCUUCCCCCUCCAUGUUUGUGCAACAUCGAUACGAGACAGGAGAAAUAAGACGACCACUCCCUCCUCCUCCUCCAGCUUUUCCCAGGGGACGUCCACCUCCCAACUCCCUUCAAGUACCUUCAUAUACUGCCAUUUUGCCUCUGGAACCCCAUCCAGGCUGGUCAGGGAGGCUCCCCAGCCGAUGUCCUCCACCUCCUCAUCCCACUUCUUGGCAGGAUGCAGCUAUGCAACUGGCUUUUCAAGGCCAGCUUCGGCACACCAGCCAAGGUAUGGGUAUCCCGGUGCUUCCAUACCCAGAGAUCCCUGACCAAGGGCCAUUUGGUAUGGAUGCUAGAUGGUUUGAAAGUCGGACACGUCCACAGAUGAGCCCCAGACAGCAUCGCAGGCUGGAGCCCAGCUUACACCAAGUGGUGCUGCAACCAUCUCGCCUCUCCCCUCUCACUCAAAGUCCCCUGAGCUCCAGACAUGGUUCUCCUGAGUUGAGUGCCAGAGCCAGACCUCGUCCUGGGCUGCUUCCCCCACCACCUGACUGCUCUGGUAUCUCUCUGCAACCUCCUUCCUUCUCACGUAACUCACCCCCUUCCUCUGGAUCCCCAGCAAAAAGCAGCCAUGGGGAAAGUCCAAGCUAUCGACCAACCCUUCCAGAUGCCUCUCCACAUGUAGAUGGACGGAGGUGGGGAGGAGAAGAACGGGUGCAUGCAGAGACAGCUGUGCUGUGCACUGCAGGGAUUGGGAUAGCUGCUGUACCUGAGAGGUUGGAAGUUGUGAGAGAUCAGCGUAUUCACAAGCCCAAAAAAUCCACCAAGGGCAGAUCUAAAUCAAGGAAGCACUCUGAUGGAUCCACCUCACAGGUUCACCAGCCAACCCUAGCCACGUAUACGGACACUCGCUGCAUCCGUCGAAAGAAGCGUCCAACUCGCCAGGACCCCCUAGCUCGCCUCUCUGCACUGAGGGACGAAAUCUGUAACCGUUCAUUGUCAGAUGAUCGGGCCGCCAUUUUGACCAGCACCGAACCUGAUGACUCCAGCGGCCAUGCCACCCUUCUGUGACCAUCCCCGGAGAGCGGCCUUAUUCCUAGGCCCUUUCUGUUUUUUGGUGCUGACACUCCCUGCCCUCCCUUUGAAAAGACCUGUA